CGGCAGCUUUAAAUUCUGGCCCCGGGGCUGGCAUUGAAGUUUUGAGAGUUAGUUGGAACGAUUCUGUUUAUUCACCGUAAUACUUAGCAUCCUUUGGUGUUUUCUCCUGUCUUCCUGCUUUUGGAUGAACUGAAUAAUGACGACAAAGCAGCUGGCUGAGCAGCUUGGCUUAAUAAGAAAACGCUCAUCAGUUUCUGCUAAAGGCAACAAGAAACCUAAAUUGAAUCAGUAUUUCUCAUACCUAAUUAUUAUUGAUUUUGAGUCCACCUGCUGGAAAAAUGGCAAGUCUCAUUAUCGUCCCGAAAUAAUUGAAUUUCCUGCAGUAUUGCUCAACACUUCCAGUGGAGAGAUUGAGGUUGAGUUUCACACGUACGUUCAACCUCAGGAGCAUCCAAUCCUGUCAGAGUUCUGUACAGAAUUAACUGGAAUUAAGCAGUGUCGGGUUGAAGCUGGAGUUCCCCUACCAAUAUGCCUAUCACAGUUUUCCCGUUGGAUUCAGAAACUGCAGCAGGAGAAGAAUAUUGAUUUUGUGAAGGGGGGAUCUCAGCAGUGCACUCCUGACUCAAAACCCUGCACCUUCGUAACUUGGUCAGAUUGGGAUCUGGGAGUGUGCCUGCACUAUGAAUGUAAAAGGAAACAACUCAGAAAACCAAGUGUUUUGAACAGCUGGAUUGAUCUCCGAGCAGCUUACAAGUUGUUCUAUAACCGGAAGCCAAAAGGUUUAAACGGAGCUUUGCAAGACCUGGGCAUUGUCUUUUCAGGGCGUGAACACUCUGGCUUGGAUGAUGCCCGCAACACUGCUCGUCUUGCUUGGCAAAUGAUCUGUGAUGGCUGUACCAUGAAAAUCACCAAAUCGUUGGACAGGGUUGCUCCCAUGAGAAAUUUAAUCGCAAGAUUACCAACUGUAAACCCUGUUCCAGGUGGCAAAACCUCACAAGCAACUCCCUUUUGUGAAGACCCAGGCAACGGGCGUGGAGCUAGCUUGUUUUCUGAAAAUGAUUCUCUUAACAAAAGAACGGCUGAAAUCAAGCAGGUGGACGCACACCAUGAACGUAAAGUCACAGCUAAUCAACAUAAACCAGUUUUGCCAACUUUGAUUAAAACUGGUCGGCAACACAUGGGGACCAUUGAUUGUGGAAAUGGCAACAAUGGAAAUGCUCAUUAUCAGAGUUUAAUAUCCCCCAGGACUCUAAUCAAUGGACUUUCUACUUCUAUUGAUCAUAGUAAAGCACAGAAACCUCAAGUUGAUGCUAAUAAUAUUGCCGUGAGUGCUGAAGAAACUAAGCCCAAUAGGAGUGUAUGCCAUCUGUUGCUUGUAUCUACCACUAUUGACUCAGUCACCAGUACCUCUAACCUGAAUGUUAUCUGCUCAGAGUCUGACGGCCCCUGGGAAUAUUGGGAAGAUUCUGCCAUGUUACCUCUGUCAGGUAAUGAUCAAUCAAAAGGGUAUAGAGACCAAGAAGAAGACUGUAAAGAAUCAGGUUUGGUUGAAGGGGAGUACAUAACAGAAGACUCUUCAGUUCUAGAUUCACCACAAAGCAGGAAGGAUUACGCACUGACAGAAGCCAAAAAGCAUCAGGAAGAGGUACAUAGGAACCUUCAAACAAUAUAUAAUGUAGCUGAAGUUAUGAGGCAAGCGAAAGAUCAACCCAGCUUUAAAGUACCCAAGGUGACGGUUCCCAAUGUCCAGUCUAGCUGUUUCAAUGUAGGCACUGAGUCCUUAGCACCUUCUGUUCUGCCCUUUCGAUCAAAUAACCAUUUACCUGUUGGUAUUAAAAGAAAAGAAAUGCAGUCAAGUCCCUUCAAACUACCCAUUUCUAAGAAGCAGUCAUUCACUAUAUAUUCAGACAAAAACUCAUCACCUAAUUGUUCCCUACCCUCAGUCGUUAAAACAGAUUCAAGAGUUAUUCCUUCAGCAAACCAGUCAAACCCAGCACAGUGUAAAUUAAUUGGUAAAAAAAUUACCCCUCCGCUGUGUGGAUGUGGUUGCAGAGCUAAGCGACUUACUGUGUCAAAAGCAGGACCAAACCAAGGGAAAGCUUUCUACUCCUGUGCAAUGGGGAAAAGAAAUCUGGACAAUAGCAGGGGCUGUGGGUACUUUAAGUGGGAAUGGGCAUUGAAGCAAGAGAAAGCUGCUUCAGUUUCAUUUGCAAAUAAUUUUAGUGCAGCUUCAUCUGGAGCCUUUCCUUCUUCCCAAAGGAAACACCUAGGCCUCCGAUUUUCUUUCCGGAAUUGACAGCGAGUCUGGAUUGAUUUGUAUUUAAUGUAGUUUAUGAAGCAACAAAUUAUCCAGUACUUCAGAGAAGUUAAAGUAGAAUAGUGUGCUAUAAUAUUUUUGAAGAGCACUUAACUUUCUUGAUUAGGCUUCUUUUCCUUCUGUAUACAAGUUUUAAGUAUUUAUGUACAGGACCUUGUGGAAGGUUUCCAUCCGGCUUCUUUUGGAUGUAGUUUUGGAUCUAGUGCUAAGAUUUAUUCCAUGAGCACUAUUUUUGCAUUGAUCUGCAUAAAUGAGGAAAAGGUAAUUGGUCUGGGGUGGGAUGGAAAUUCCGAUUGGGCCCAGCGCUCUCCUGGCUAACAUGUUUAUACUGUUAGUGUGUGUCAAUGUCGUCUCCUCACUUACUUUACUCUUCACACAUUUUCAACAACUUUUAGCAUCUUACUACUCUACAACUAAAGAUAUUACUGAAAAGUUAGUUUCAAUCAUGAAUCACUGGCGAUUUUUUUUUAAAGUCAACAGUAUAUGGUGAGGCAUCAUUGUAAACAUUUUUGAAAUUCUGUUUUGUGUUUUAUCGGUUGAAUAAUGUUCUAAUGGGGAAGUGACUUUGGAAAUCAAAAUGCUUGUGCAAACACAUUGUGGCUUAUUACUUCCAACCUGAUGACCAAG